AUGGCCGUGGCCUCGCCCAGGGGCGCGCCCUGCGCGGCCCCGCCGCUGCCCGCGGUCCUCGCGGCGACGCCCGCCACGCAGCGCGCCAAUGUGGUGGCGCGGGCGGCCGCCAAGGGGUCCGCGACCACCUCUGGCGGCGGCAGCAAGCCACCCGCUCCGCAGGCCUCUAGCAAGUCCCGCCAGAAGUACACGCUGCUCGGGUCGCCGUUCCCCCUGCGGCCCGUCUUCGAGCGCAAGACGCUCAUGAAGGAGGUCGUCAAGGACAAGAUGUGGACGUUCGAGCAGCAGCAGGGCCUGGGCUUCAGCAACGUCACGAUCAACACGCGCAUGACGGUCAUCCGGCUCAAGUCUGGCGGGCUGUGGGUGCACGCGCCCAUCGCGCCGACGGCGGAGCUGAUCGCGAUGGUCAAGGAGCUCGGCGAGGUCGAGCACAUCGUUCUCCCGACGUUCGCCAUCGAACACAAGGUCUUCUUCGGCCCGUUCGCCCGUAAAUUCAAGCAGGCGCAGUGCUGGGUGGCGCCGAAGCAGUGGUCCUUCCCGCUCAACCUCCCGCUCUCCGCGCUCGGCCUCGGGUUCGGGCGGACCGUGCAGGAGCUCGACAACGCGAACAAGGACGCCGUGCCCUGGGUCAGCGAGGUCGACUUCAACGUCAACACGCCCCCGGGCUUCAGCGACAUCGGGCCGUACUCCGAGGUCGCGUUCUACCACAAGGCCUCCAAGACGCUCCUCGUGACGGACUGCGUCGUGUACGUCCCGAAGGAGCCGCUGGAGAUCGUUGACCCGGAGCUGCUGAUCGACGCGGCCGCGCCGGAGCCGUUCAACCCGCUGAGCAAGAAGCCCGCGGACUCCCCGGAGGCCCGCCGCCUCGGGUGGUCGCGCAUGUGCCUCCAGGUGUUGUACUUUGGCCCCGAGGACCUCAAGGACCCCUCGGAGGGGUUCGCGGCGGUCUCGGAGCGCCUGAUCGCGUCGCCCGUCGUGUCCGUGCUCGUCUUCACCAAGGUGCCGCGGGCGGUGACGAAGUGGAUCGACGAGGUGUGCGCGGACUGGCCGUUCAAGCAGAUCAUCGGGUGCCACUUCGCGGGCCCGGUCAAGGCGACGGCGACGGAGUUCAAGGCAGCGUUCGCGCCGAUCUACGAGCUGGCGGGGCGGGAACCGCGGCGCGGGGGUGUGUUGGGGGCGCUGCCCGGCGUGGGCAAGAUCGACGGCUGGCGGUACCCCGAGGGCGACGUGAAGACGCUGAACUCCCUCAACGGGCUGUUGGUCAAGGCGGGCGCGGUGAAGAUGGAGGGGCCCGUGGAGUGA